AUGACUACCAAUUCAUUAUCUCAGCUGACUACUCAGUUGAAUGGAAUAGGAGAGAAAGGUCUGAAUAUCAAAAUUACUUGGUCGGCUGGUACGACUACAGAAUUUCUUGACGUCUACGUCAGUAAUGAAAAUGGACAAUUGAAAACAUCUGUCUAUCAUAAGCCAGUAGCCGAACCUUAUAUUUUACUGUUUCUAUCCGAACAGCUGCGUCACGUUCAUCGGAACGCAAUCAAGGAUGCUCUCUUUCGACAACAUCAAGCACUAUCAUUAUUACCCGACCGAUCAGUGGAUCAAAUAGUUUAUGAACAACUGCAUAAAAAGACUCUUGUUCUAUUAUCACGACGUGAACAACAGCGAGAUGAAUUAAUAACAGACUACGAUACCAACGAGCAGCAACAAAUCGAUCAAUCAAAAUAUUGGAGGAAUAAAAACACCGCUGUUCAGUAUACUUUUCAAAGCGGUCCUUUGUUAACAUUGAAAGACAAGCUCAAUAAUCUUUGGAAAAAAACAUUAUGUUUAGUAAUUGUGGCACUAAAUAAUAAUAUAAUGUUGUUCAAAGGAUAUGGUAAUGGAACAUUUUCAUUGAAUCAAAUCUCUUCAACUGGUGACAAUUCAUGUUCAAGGGCAAUUGGAUUUGGAUAUUUUAAUUCUAAUGAUCUUGUCGACAUUUCUGUUGUCAAUUAUGGCACUAAUACUCUUGGUGUUUUCGUCGAUAGUACUUACAUAGGUGGUGAACGUCAAUCGACAUAUUCAACUGGUUCUUCAUCUCAUCCACGAGAUAUUUUCAAAGACAUAUUCAACUGGAAUUGGUUCUUCUCCCCAAUCGGUGAUGUCAAUAAUGAUAACAAACAGGAUAUUGUCAUUGUUAAUUCUGGUUCGAACGAUGUAUUGACAUUUCUUAAAUAUGAUUUGAUAGUUUUUCACAAACAAAUCUCAUAUUCAACCGGCAAAACUUCUUCUCCAAAUUCAAUAUCAAUUGCUGACUUCAAUAAUGAUCAUCAAUUAGAUUCUGUUGUUGCUAAUCAAAAUAGUAACAAUAUAGGUGUUUUCCUUGGAUUAGUCGAUGGUCUCUUUUCUAAUCAAACAAUCUAUUCAACUACACUUCGAGCAUAUCCAAAAUCAGUUAAUACUGCUGAUAUUAAUAAAGAUCAAAAUAUGGAUGUCAUUGUCACGUGUCUUUGGAGUUCAAAGAUCGCUGUUCUUCUUGGAUUCGGUAAUGGUACAUUAUCCAAUCAGAUAUAUUUUUCAUUUCCGACUGAUGCAGGACCAACCGAAACAGCUGUGGGUGAAUUUAACAAUGACGGUCAUUUAGACAUUGUUGUUACGCUUCAAUUUGCACGUGAAAUAGCUGUUUUACAAGGUUAUAGUAAUGGAAGUUUUUCUCCUGUAACAAAUUAUUAUUUGGGUAUUGAUUCAUAUCCGAAUGCACUGUCUAUUGCUGAUCUGAAUAACGAUAGUUUCUUAGAUAUUGUUAUUGCCAGUAAUUCAGAGGGACGUCUAUACAUAUUUCAAGGGUAUGGAGAUGGAACUUUUGUAGAUGGUAUUACUUUGUCAACUGGACUUAAUUUACUUCCACGAUCUCUUCUUAUCGCUGAUUUGAAUAAAGAUAAAUUUUGGGAUAUCGCUGUUGCUAAUUCUGGUUCGGAUAAUAUUCAAAUCUUCUUUGGCGAUGUUGAUGGAAGUUUUUCGGAUGAAACGAUUCUUUCGACUGGAAGUGAUUCUACGCCAUAUGCGAUUUCUAUUUCUAAUUUUAACAAUGAAAAACAGUUGGAUAUUGCUGUUCUUAAUUAUGGAUCAAAUACGUUAGGAAUUCUUUUUGGAUGUAACGAUAAAAGAUUUUUUGAUCAAAUAACUUAUUCAACCGGCGAUUUUUCUCAACCCUACGACAUCGCUAUUGGCGACCUUAAUAACGAUCAAUAUCUGGAUGUUCUUAUUGUUAAUUUAGGAACUGAUAAUGUUGGUUCAUUUUUAGGAUAUGCGAUAGAAGAUUUCAUCAGUGUUCCAUCGGAUUCUAUUGGAUCAUCAAUAUCGCAAUUGACAUCUCUUGCCAGCGGAGAUUGGAAUAAUGAAACGAAAGUAGAUGUUGUUGUUACUGAUAAUUCAACAAACACUAUCAAAAUCUUAUUUGGAUCACGUUAUGGAACUUUUAGUGAUGAAACAAUCUAUUCAACUGGUAAUAAUUCUCAUCCGACAUCUGUUGUUGUUUCUGAUCUAAAUAAUGAUCAUUUCUUGGAUAUUAUUGAAACAAAUUCUGGUACAAAUAAUAUUGGAAUUUUCUUCGGAAACGCAAAUGGAACAUUUCAAAAUCAACUUACACAUUUUACUGGAGUUGAUUCACAACCGAAUUCUGUUGUUAUUCUAGAUUUUAAUAAUGAUACUUAUUUGGAUAUUGCUGUGACUAAUUAUGGUUACACCACAAUAUUAUAA